AUGUCGACGGGAAUGAAUCCGCAGUACAACGAGGUCGGCCUCCAGUUCGUCCAGAUGUACUACCAGCUGAUGGAAACUGACAGGAAGAGCCUCGCCAACUUCUACAACGAGCAGAGCAUGAUGACCUUCGAGAACUCCUCCCACUGCGGUCGCGAACAGAUCAUGGAGAAGCUGCUGAACAACCCGAGCGCCAAGUACUCCAUCCUCACCUGCGACUGCCAGCCCUCGCCAAACAACGGAGUCAUCGCAUUCACCAUGGGCGACGUCUCGCUGGACAACAGCCCUCCCAUGAAGUUCGCGCAUGUCGUGCAGCUUUUCCCCAACGGCGCCAGCUACUUCGUGCUCAACGACGUGUUCAGGCUGUGCAUCGGCUGA